AUGUCCGACAAGAACGAGGUUUCCACCACGGAGCGCGUCGCUCCCCAGCCCGGCAAGAAGGCCGCCUUCAAGCGCCAUUGCCAGCGCUUCUGGUGGCUGCAUCUCAUCAUCUUCAUCCUUAUUGCCGUCCUUGUUAUCCUCCUUACCAUCUUUGUCGCUGUCCCCAGAAUCGCACAGGACAAGAUCAACCAUGCCAAGCUCGACAUUGUCGCGGUCAAGAUUAGCAAUGCCACCCCUAAUUCGUACCAGAUGACCAUCAACUCGACCAUUUCCACCGAUGGCACUGUCAAGGCCAACAUUGACCCCUUCGCCGGCGACAUGUACCUCGAGGACACGGAUGACAAGACCCCCUUCGCUGUCCUCAACUUCCCUGCCACCAACGCCAACAAGCACUCCAACGUCAACGUCGACCAACACGUCGAGAUCAAAGACAUGGACGCCUUCAGCAAGUUCAACACCUGGUUUGUCAACAACGAGACGCUCAGGAUUGGCAUCAAGGGAAAGACCAAGGUCCAACCUAGCGGUCUUAGCCGAAAGUACGACGUCACGUUUCAAAAGGUCCUCGAGGUCAAGGGGCUCAACCUCUUCAAGGGCACAAAGGUCAUUGAUCCCCGCGUUGAGCUCAAGGUUGACAACGGUACCGACCCCAACUUUCGCAACUUUUACGCCCGGGUUGAGCUCCCCAAUCCCUCGCACUUUUCCCUCGAUAUUGGCAAUGCCACCUUUAACAACUACUUCCUCGGAACCAACCUCGGCAAGCUCUACAUCAACGACCUCACACUCGUGCCCGGCAACAACAUCCUCAACGUCACCGGCAGCCUCGACCAAGCCCAGAUCAUUGUCCUUGCCUCGAGCGCCAAGCCUUACUGUGAGACUGGCGUCGCCGACUUCAGCCUCAUCGGCAGCAACGUCACCCGUGACGGCGCCGAGAUCCCUUAUUUCCAGUAUGCUCUGGCUCACGCCAACCAGACCGUUAGCCUCAACAUUACCGACACCCUCUACCGCUCCGACAUCCCCGCCGCUGUCACGUGCUCCAAAACUGCUAGCAAGUAG